UCUCGCAUUCUGGGUUUCCCUCGAUUUUCCAGGCUUUCUUUUGCUGGGUGAGGUGAAGCGUUUUCUCCACACUGAGCAAGCUCGAGAACAUGCCUAGAAACGAGGAGAAGGAGAGCGUGCCUAUUCUUUCUUCAAGUAACAGAGUUAUAACGAGACCAGACCCAUUCUUAGUGGCGUGUAAAUGCUUCAGCUUGUUGACCAGUUUGGCGGCCAUUCUUUGCACAGUCGUCAAUGGCCUCUCGGCUAUAAAGAGCUUCAGACACGUAUCUGGUAUUUUCGAUGGCGUAUUUCGGUGCUAUGCGGUUCUGAUAUCUUGUUUUGUAGUUCUGGCUGAAACAGAAUGGGGUUUGAUCAUGAAGUCAUUCAAGGCUUUGGAGUAUUGGCCUUGCAGGGGUAUGCUGCAGAUCUUUGUGGCAGUAAUGACCAGAGCCUUCCCCAAUUUUGGUGGGGAGCGAAUAGAAGUUAUUCUUCAGAACGUAGCAUGCUAUAUGCUUCUUGCUUGUGGUGUCCUUCAUGUUGUUUCGGGAAUCCUGUGUAGUGGCUUUAUGAAACGUGCUCGGGAACAGAGGGAGACCUUAAGAGAGCAAGCAGCCAAGGAUCUGGAGGAGCUGGAACGGCGUAGAGAAGAGCUUGAACACCUACUUCACGCAGAAAGGGCAUAAAGAAAACCUUUUGAAUCAAUAAGUGUCAAAAUGGUCUCAUGCCAUAGUGAAGGUACUUCCAAUAAGCAACAACAACCUCCUUUUCGAUUCAUGGUAGCGUGUGUGUAUGUACAUGAAUAUUGUCCAUUUAGUCUACUGUACAUAAUGGAAUAAGGUUUGUUGUUGUAGUAAUAUAUGUGAAUAAUGUAUUUUAUUUGCUUCAUUUUUUUCCCCUUCUUUUAACACUUUGUAUCUUUUAUAACUAUAGAACCACGUUCUACAAGUAGAGCAAUUAACUGUAGCCAAUUCUGUGAAAACUAUGAACACUUCAUGUAAA